UCACCUUGCCACAUCCCUCCCCUUACCUUCAGAGAGGGAUCACCUGCGGCCCAGGAUAGAUCUGAUUGUGUUUAUGAUUGACAUCAAGAGCAAAUACAGCUUAAAGAAUAUUGAAGCUUCCCUAGCUCAUGUGGAUGCCAGCUUCUUCUUGGGGAAAGUGUGCUUUCUUGUCACUGGGGUUGGCAGGAUGAAUUGCUGCAGUGUAGAGAUGAAUGCCAUCUGGAAACUGGGAGAAGUGUACGGCAGUCCUGUGCUGUUCUGUGAGCUGGAGUUGGAAGGGAUACGAGUUGCCACUGCUCAGCGACUUCUCCGGAUGUUACAGAUCUGUGCUGGUCACGUACCAGGAGUUUCUGCCUUGUCCUUUGGCUCACUGAUGAGGAACUCUGCAGAUGACUAG